AUGGCGGACAGAAAAAGCGUGGACUCGCAGCAAGAAGUUGUCGAAGAUGUAGACAUCACCUUGAAAGGCCUGCCACUCUCCGCGGAGUCGGCCAUGCCCCCGGCCCUUGCUGCUCUCAGCGAUGAGGAGUAUGCUCGGGUUGGCAGGAGUGCCGUAUGGAAGCUCGAUCUGCGCGUGAUGCCCGCGGUUUCGAUCAUGUACAUUUUGAAUUAUCUGGAUCGCCAGAACAUUGCCAGCGCGAAGUUAGCAAAUAUCGUGGAAGAUCUACACAUGACCAGUGUCCAAUUCCAAACCUGCGUCAGUCUGCUAUUUGUUGGAUACAUUUUGAUGCAAGUCCCCUCGAACAUGAUCGCCAGCAAGACCAAGUAUCCCGGGAUCUAUCUUUGUGCAGCAAUGGCCGUCUGGGGUAUUAUCUCCGCCUGUACCGCCGCAGUUCAGAGUUUUUCCGGUCUGGUAGCAGCUCGUUUCUUCCUCGGAUUUGUCGAAGCUGCUUUCCUACCUGGUGUUGUGUAUUAUAUUUCGCUCUUCUACAACCGACAGCAAAUCACCUUGCGCACAGCUAUCUUCUACUCGGGCUCUCAAAUUGGCAAUGCCUUUGGACCUUUGUUGGCAAUAGGGAUCUUGGAAAUGGACGGCAUGCAAGGAAUCAGUGGAUGGCGGUGGCUAUUUAUCAUCGAGGGCGUGGCCACCGUUUUCUUUGCAAUCGUAUUUGCCGUGAUAAUGCCGAGUUCUCUGCAGGGAAUCGGAGGAACGAGUGAACUGGAAAGCGAAUAUCUGCGGUACAACUAUGCCAAAGAUAUUGGACAACAGGACCACAGAGAGGAAGCAAGUGCCUGGGCUGGCGCGAAACUUGCCGUCCAAGACCCCAAGACAUGGCUGCUUAUGGCAACUUUGUGGGCGACAUAUGUGUCCGCAGCAGUGGUGAAUUGGUUCCCAUCGGUUGUUGCUACGCUCGGGUAUGAUCGAAAUACAACUUAUGGUCUUACUGCUCCACCUUAUAUCCUUUGUUGCUUCGUCAUGCUCCUCAAUGGAUUCCACUCCGACAAGAAACAAGAGCGGUUCCUGCAUGUAGCCGUCCCACUGGCAGUGGCUGUGGUUGCCAACAUUGUCGCCGUUUCUUCUCUCAACACCGGUGCUCGAUACUUUGCCAUGAUGCUCAUGCCCGGUUCGUGUUAUUCAGCCACCGCUGUGAUCCUCUCCUGGAUCACAGGGUCCAUCUCGCAACCCGCCACGAAGCGUGCGGCAGCUAUUGCUCUUAUCAACGCCGUGUGUAAUACUCCAAACAUCUGGACAUCGUACAUUUACUUUGGCGCGCCGCGCUAUCUUGCCGCUUUCAUCCUCAACAUGGCAAUGGCCGGGCUGGCCAUUUUAUUUGCGGCAAUGACAUACAUGUAUCUUCGACGACAGAACGCUAAGUUGGAUCGCGGCGAGGAUCUUGGAAAGAACGGCCCUACUCCCGUCCAGCAAGCAGCUGGCUUCAGAUAUCUUGCAUAA